AUUUCUGUAUUCAGACGAAGUUCAGAUUGGCCCAGAAACAGUUAUGACCACUCUUUAUACCGCUAAGAAAUAUGCAGUCCCAGCCUUGGAAGCACAUUGUGUGGAAUUUCUGACCAAACACCUCCGGGCAGAUAACGCCUUUAUGUUACUUACUCAGGCCCGAUUAUUUGAUGAACCUCAGCUCGCCAGCCUUUGUCUAGACACGAUAGACAAAAGCACAAUGGAUGCCAUAAGUGCAGAAGGGUUCACCGAUAUCGACAUAGAUACACUGUGUGCAGUACUAGAAAGAGACACACUUAGUAUUCGAGAAAGUCGACUCUUUGGAGCUGUUGUACGCUGGGCAGAAGCAGAAUGUCAGAGACAACAAUUGCCUGUCACUUUUGGAAACAAACAGAAAGUUCUAGGAAAAGCACUUUCCUUAAUUCGGUUCCCGCUGAUGACAAUUGAGGAGUUUGCAGCAGGUCCUGCUCAGUCUGGAAUUUUGUCAGAUCGUGAAGUAGUGAACCUCUUUCUUCAUUUUACUGUCAAUCCUAAACCCCGAGUUGAAUACAUUGACCGACCAAGAUGCUGCCUCAGAGGAAAGGAAUGCUGCAUCAACAGAUUCCAGCAAGUGGAGAGUCGUUGGGGUUACAGCGGCACGAGUGAUCGAAUCAGAUUCACUGUUAAUAGAAGAAUCUCUAUAGUCGGAUUUGGCUUAUAUGGAUCUAUUCAUGGUCCCACGGAUUAUCAAGUGAAUAUACAGAUCAUUGAAUAUGAAAAAAAACAGACUCUUGGACAAAACGACACCGGAUUUAGUUGUGAUGGGACCGCGAACACAUUCAGGGUCAUGUUCAAAGAACCUAUUGAGAUCCUGCCCAACGUCUGCUACACGGCAUGCGCAACACUCAAAGGUCCAGAUUCUCACUAUGGCACCAAGGGACUGAAGAAAGUGGUGCACGAAACUCCUGCUGCGAGCAAGACUCUCUUUUUCUUUUUUAGUUCCCCUGGCAAUAACAAUGGCACUUCAAUAGAAGACGGACAGAUACCAGAAAUCAUAUUUUAUACAUAAUUAAGCACAUAAUAUAUCUUGGCUGAAUAGUUCCAUGCAGUCUAGUCUCAAAGGCAUAAAUUAACUGGUCACAAAAAUAGUUUGUGUGUUAUGAAUAUUUAUAAUUGUAAGAAAAGAAACAUUUUAGUUUCUUAGAAGAGAUAGAAAAAUGUUGAUUUAAAUCUGCAUGAUUUAAAGGCAAAUUUUCCAUUUUCUUACAACUUUAGGGGGAAGAGAACUGGGUUUAAUUGUUUAAAAUAAGCACAGUUAUUUCAACUUCCUCUUGUAUAAUUUCAUAGAUCAGCUGACUCAUGGUCUUUCAAUAGUUUGGAAUUGAAAGAUUCUUGUUAUAUAUAGCUGGGUUUUUUUUUGUUGUUGUUUGUUUUAACUAUUUUAAAGGUUAGAUGAGGGGGCAAAUAGGCUUAGCUGUUUUGAAGGUUAUAUGAGAUGAGAUGGGUUAGUAUUUGUACAGAAUUCCUAUUAACUCACAUAACUGAUUUCAGAAAAUUAAGAAAGCUGACUUUAUAUUUGGGUUCUGAAAUACCUGGUUGUUAACAUUUGGAAUAAUGCUAAAAAUAGGCCUAAUUAAUGCCCAAGAAAAUUUUCAGUGCAUUUAUAGAAAAGGGUAUUUUGUAAUAGUAUAGUAAUGUGUUACAUAGUACAGUUUUCAAACUAUAAGUGGAGUUUAUAUAAAUUCACAAUAAUGGGACAGAAACCAAGGAUCAAAGGCGCCAUCUCAGAUGGGUUCUUUAUCACUGGGCUGCCCUGCAGGAGCCAUCUAACUUGAGAGCCAUGCUGUGAUACUUGCCAGGAUGGAGGUGAUGGUGGUGGCGAUUGUGUAAACAGACAUUGCUUCAGUGUUGUGAUAAUCUUACACAGCAAGACAUUGAAUACAAUAGUAAUACAUUUCUAACAUCAGCCUGAAAAUUUUAAACUGUCCAACAGAAUCACUCGUGCUGAGAAGUAUGCCUUCUGUUACCUACACAGUUCUAUCCAAGAAGCAAAAUAUGUUUGAUAACCGUGACCUCAUUAAUGUCAACUGGUAUAUCUGUUGUAGGGAGGGAUAGAAAGUGUAUGUGGCAGAAUGACAUUUAUACACUUUUUUAUAAAGCAAAUUUUUUUAUAUAAAUGAAUUAACAUUCACUUUUUUCCCUUAAAUACUUAAGUGUAAUUAAACUAAAGGUUAUCAAAUACUGUGGAGGAUGAUUAAAAAUCAAAAUUCUUCUAAGAAUGAACUUAAAGAAGAUUUUUUUCUAAAUAGUAAUUGGGAUGUAAAAAUUUUUAUCUGAGGUAAUGUGUCACUUUAUAUUUUCAAGACUGUAGCGAGAUGUGUUGGAGGUGGCUGAGGUCUCAGCAUUGCUCAGUAAAAGGGAAAUUUUUCUGUCUGGACCCAGGUCCUAAGGAGUAUAAACCUCAGUUAACUGGAAGGUAUGGCCUGGUUAACUUGAAGCAUUAACCAGUAAACACUCCGUACUAACCAGUAUAGAAAGUACGUCUGCCUUGAAAAGUAUGGUAUGCCAGAGAUAAGUGAGGUGUUUUUUGAUGUCUGAGGCCUCAAGUGUUCUGAACUGAAGGAUCGUAAUUGAGUGUAGCCAUUGAAGCUACAGGAAGCAGAACUGUUCAUUGACACUGGGGCAUCCCCUGGGAUUUUUAAAAAUAAAUGUCUAUCAUCCUCUUGUAUUUUCA